UUGUUGCGUUAGCGACGCUUUGCAUAUUAGACGACGGGAUGGCUGAAGGUCACGCUGUUUCCACUCAGACUGUGAUAUCUCUUCUGCUGAUUUGCAUGAGCACGCGAGCAAGUCGAAUAAACGCUCGAAGAUACACGAUGUUAUUGCAAUAGCAAGCAUUUGCAUAUAAGACAACUCGUUGGAUAAAGGUCGUACCUUUUUACUCUAGCCGGUGUCGCCUUUGCAACUCGAAGACAGGAAAAAUAAUUACUAUGCGAUACAUGUUGCGCCGCAGGAAAAAGAAGAAGAAAAAAAGACGCAGUAUACUAAUGACAGCCACCUCCAUGCUGACUGCUUUGAUUUCUGAACAGAGCGAGCCAGCCCGGGUAAAGCCGUAAUUACCUCUCAAGGAUAAACGAUAAUAUCACUUUCCUCAUCACGUCUUUGGGGCGAGACGGUCGACGCUGCACUCUCAUAGGCAAACGAAGCGACUUCUAUAUAAGACGGUUCGUCCGCAACGCUUUCCGGACUGAGCUGGAAUGUCAAGUGAAUGCCACUUGAUUGUUUUCAGGUGGAUUCACUUGACAUUCCAGCUCAGGUUUUUCCGUGCGGGUGUUUGACUGGAAAAGCAGACUAAGAACACUUCACCUGCACGUCAAUGGCAAACAGUUCAUCUUCCUUCUUUUGCCGUAACUACUCCGAAGAGGUUGAAGGGAACAGUUUGAGAUCUUCCUUGACAACAAGGCAAAAAUGUGUGCUAUACAAUGGAGAAGAGGUGGAAAACUUUUUUUUUUCAAGUUAAUCCACUCGGGAUUCCAGAUGAAGAUUUUUUUUCUCCGUGAGAGUGUUUGACUGGAAAGACAGACUGUGGUAAGUACAUGGAUUUGCCCUCCUCUUUUGCAAUACAUAUACUAUAUAUAAUGCUUUUCUAUGAACAUGCAAGUCAUUUAUGGAAAUGCAAAUAUGAGGAACGACAAGGUUUCAUGCCUCUCGCUUUCAGUGGCGACAUGCAGGUCUUUGUGAUUUAAGGAAUGCUUUCCUAGCCCAUCACAGGAAGUGAAAACGUUUGCAAACAGUUAAAUUUUUUUUUUAUUUAGAUACAAGGACAGUGAGAUCACAGCCCUUUUAGAUAGUGAGAUUCCAUAGCCAGAGUGAUGUCGACCAAUUGUUCUGCCAAGAGAGUAAAUGUUGCCUGGGCAGCGGCGAAGUUUUAACUCACGUUCUAAGCACAAACAGCAUACAUCUGAGCAUUCGUUAUCGUAGUAGGUCCUUGUAAGAUUGGCUGUCUCUAAGCAUUUUUGCAGCUGGCGUGUUUCGUUUCGUGUUAGGGUAACACCAGAACGCUUCGGUUUACCGUUUUCACUCCAAAUGCGUACCACAAGCAAGUCAGAAGGGCACGAAUGUACAUAAACAUAUUUUUCCAGUUCAGCUUCUUUGCUGCAAUUGCCCUGAUGAAGCUGAAGGGAAGAGGAUGGAAGCUUCGUUAGCUCGAUGAUCACCACAACAAGCAAAAACGUGUGCCACACAACGGAGAAGAGAACACACAAACAUCUAUCCAUGUCUGUUCACUCACAAUGAAAUGAGAGGGCUUAGUACAAAUGUACAUUUUUAUUUCCCUGAUACAUGAGCGGUGAUUAUUUUUUUUUAUGCUCCAUUGUGCACCAGUCGAUGUUUGAAGAGGUCAAGUGUUAGCUUGCUGAUGUAGCCUGUUAAGUAGUGCCAACCUUCAGACUCGGCUUGUUCCAUGAAACAUAGACUCUCGGCAGCAAGAUGCAUAGCGUCAACCUCGUCAGCAUAUGUCAAAAUUUCGUCCACGUGACGUGACCAUUCAGCAAGUAAGGCAAAAGGUGAUUCCGAGGCAAACGUACAGGCGGUGUGAACUCUGGCAUACAUUGUUUUUGCAGUUUUCCAAGUAACCCUGUCAGGAGGUUGAUCUGGCAGCGCUUGAAACAACACCAUAUCCGUCACAAUUUUAAAAGCUUCCACGAGCGAAGUUUUGCCUACUUGUGUUAACCCACAUUCCAAUAUCUCUUUGUAGGAGACGUGUUUGAGACGACACACAGGCUGCAUCCGAAAUUCGUGUGUGUAACCUCUUCUCCAUCUGCCACACACAUCUCUACCUAGCACAGGCUGCUCUUCAUCUGCGUCUGAUGAUGACAACCAUGCGCCAUCAAGCCGAGGAUCAACCUCAGGCCAUGUUGUGUCAUCGGCGGCUGACUUGUCUUGACUGGUCAUUACAAACCAAGUUCAUUCUAUACAGCAAGAGGAGAAAGCAAAUUGUCAACAUAACAGCGAAGCCUCCAUAACACAAGUAAGCUAUGUCAUCCGUCAUGGAAAAGUUGGAUAAACUGAAAAAAUGUGGUGACGGUGAAAUUCAGAAAAUGAGCAACAUACCCAAAAACGAAAAGUUCGAAGUGCUGGACAUUCAGAAAAUUGACACUAUGUAUGGCGAGGCCGUAUACGUGGAGCUCCGCAUGGAAAACGACAAGCCAGUGAAAGUGUAUCUACCUGGACGCUUCAAAAAAUUGUCGGAGGAAGAGCUAGAGGAAAUGCGACUGCUUCCAAAUCUCAAAAUGGAGAAGAAAGAACGGUUUACCAAAGAUGGUAAAAAAGUCAUUUCGCCAGAUAUUAUCUUCACCAAUUCGAAGAGAAAGUGAUGAGAUAUGGUGACAUGUAGAACCUUCUAUCACUCAAGUGACUGCUGAAAUAGCACAAAAUUUGGAAAACCUCGAAGUAGAAGGUUCAGGUUUUUUUCUCUUUCGCAUUCAUGCCUGUAUCAUGAACAUUGGACGUUUGAUGCCUCAACUGAUUGGAUGUGCCCAGUUUGAGUUACCGCAAGAAUUGAAGCAUAAGUUUCGUUCUCUGUUGUGUGUGGACUUUGGUUUGCAGGAAGAUGAGCAGAACAUGUGUUUUGCCUUCUCUGUAAUAGCUGCACUGCAUCCUGCUACUGGUUAUCGCAGGCGUAGGGCAUCUUCGUACAGACCAUAUAUUUCUGAGUAUGUUUUUCCGAAAACAUUCCCGGUAGCUUUCCCAAAAGAGGUUGAAGCAUUCGAAAAAAAUAAUGGUAUCAGUAUCAAUGUGUACGCCUACGAAAGGGAAGACAAAUCUCUGUACCCCAUCAAGGUUGUCGAUGACGAGCGUGAGAAACAUGUGGAUCUGUUGCUAAUCGACUCUCAUUUUCUGCUUAUCACAAAUUUUAAUGGAUUAUUUCAACCUAGCGGACGGUUUCAUUGCAAGAGGUGUAUGAUGGGCUUCUCAUCAGACAGAAUCCUCAGUGAUCAUUUAAAGAUGUGUUUGCAUCAGAAGGUUGCUAAGACAAUUUACCCUAAGAAGGGAGAGACGGUAGCAUUUGCCGGGGAACAUCUCAUGUCGGAAGUCCCUUUCUACUGUGUAUAUGAUUUUGAAAGUGUUUUGUCACCUUGUUUGGAGGAAACAAACGUGUAUGAGGAUCACUGUCCUUCCUCAUUUUGCCUUUUGGUUAUACGUGCAUCCGACUCACACGUGUUGCAAAAGCAUCUUUUCCGUGGUCCUAAUUGUGUCACAGUAUUUAUGGAGCUGCUGCGGAAAUUGCAUGACGAAAUUUUAGGAUGGAUACAUGCUUUUGCACCUCUAGAAAUGACUGAAGAGAAUGAGCGUCAACAUACAGCAGCCACUCAUUGUAAUAUCUGCAAAGAAUCCUUUGCUAAAAGACAAAAAGUUCGAGACCAUGACCAUGUAAGCGGAGAAUUUCGACAAACACUAUGUCAGACGUGUAACCUGAAACUGAGAGUGCCACCCAAGAUUCCAAUCAUUGCACAUAAUGCUAACUAUGACAUGAGUUUUCUCCUGUCUCAUUUACAUCUGCUUAAGAAGUCAGACAUCAACGUGAUUGCCACCAGCUGUCAAAAAUUUAAAGCAAUUGACAUCGGCUCUUAUCGAUUCUUGGACAGUUUGAGUUUUCUGAACGCAAGCCUUGAAACACUGGUGAAAAAUCUACGUGAUAAAGGUGAAUCCAACUUUCAAUGCCUUCGCCAGUUUUUUCCAAAUGAGGAACACUUUCAGCUGGUUGUUCGUAAGGGGGUCUUCUGUUAUAACUUUGUCACCAGUUUUGAAGCCUAUGAUGAGCCUUCGCUACCACCUCGAGAUAAGUUCUUUAACAUUUUGAAUGGAACCGAAGUAAGUGAACAAGACUACAACCACGCGCAGAAUGUGUAUGAAAAAUUUCGGCUCAAGAGUCUUGGAGAGUAUUCGGACUUAUACCUUCUGACAGACACACUGCUUUUAGCAGAUGUGUUUCAGAACUUUCGAAAGUGGACACUCGAUGUGCACAAGAUUGAACCGUUUCAUUUUGUAUCCCUUCCAGGAUUAAGCAUGUCUUGUGCACUAAAAAUGAGUCAGGUAGAACUAGAACUAAUUAACGACCCCAACGCGUACCUGCUCAUCGAGAAUGGCUUACGAGGAGGUGUCACACAGUGCUCCCUGAGAAAAGCAACUGCGAAUGUGCCAGGAACAGAACAGUUUGAUCCCGAAAAAGAAAAAAAAAUAAUUAACUACAUUGAUGUAAAUGGCCUGUAUGGAGCAGUCAUGAGAGAACCAUUGCCUUACGGAGGAUUUGAGUGGCUCACUGAGGAGGAAAUUGUUAACUUGGAUAUAGCUCAGAUACGAGAUGAUAGCCCUGUGGGUUACUUUCUUGAGGUAGACCUAGUGUAUGACCGAGCAACUCAUGAACACCACAGAGAUCUUCCCGUUGCCCCUGAAAAAAUGUCCGUUCGUUAUGAGCUAUUGUCAGACUAUCAGAAGGCGCUCAUGAAGAAGUUCAAUCUUCCACAGAAAGCUACCGAAGCAAAACUGUUGCUAACAUUAUUUGAUAAAGAGAGGUACUUUCUCCACUAUCGCAAUUUGCAACUGUAUCUGCAAUUGGGGUUGCGUCUCACUAAAGUUCACAGGGUCCUCAAGUUCAAUCAAAAGCCCUUUCUGCGAUCCUAUGUCGACUUCAAUCACGAACUUCGGAAGCGAGCUACAAACGCAUUUGAGAAACAGCAAUCAAAGCUAAUGAUUAAUAGUGUAUAUGGCAGGACAUGUAUGCAAGUCAGGAAAUUCGUAAAUUGUCGCCUCACAGUAACAGAUGAGCAAGUGUUGAAGCUUCUACGUAAACCAAACUUGAAACAGUUCCGCCCUCUGAGCUCUCACGUCAUCUUGUUCCAAUUUAGUCAGUCUGUUCUUCGCAUGAAGCAACCGCUGUACCUGGGCUUCACAAUAUUGGAAUUGUCUAAGCUGAAGAUGUUUGAUUUUUAUCAUAACCAUCUUCUCCGUGUAGCCCCUGAUACACGACUGCUAUACAUGGACACUGAUUCUUACAUUGUGAUGCUGAGUGACGAUAAAGUACUCCACGAACUAGCUGAUGAGCAUCUAGACAACUCUGGAUAUGACCCUGAUCACCCACUCUAUUCGACAAAAAACAGGAUGGUACUAGGAAAGUUUAAAAAUGAGCUUCCUCGUGAUCACAUUCUUGGCUUCUGUUGUCUGAAGCCAAAGCUGUACGCCCUCGAUCUGUGCAGCAAAAAGCAGUACAAUCGCGCUAAGGGUGUUAAACAAUGUGAAGCACAAAAACUCCACUUCUCUAUGUAUACGAAUGCUCUCGAGCAGGGCACAAUGCAUAAAGUUAAACAGAACCUCAUUGUGCACAAGGACAAUGUCAACAAAAGUGUGUCAGUGACAAAAAUAGCCCUCAAUCCACUGGAUACGAAACGCUUCAUUUGUGAUGAUGGAAUUGACACGCUACCUUUUGGCUAUGGUUGAAUUUUUUUAAUGUGUACGGAUUGGUCUCUCUAAUGAAGCGAUGGUGUUGGGGUGUGCACCGUCACGAGGUUUCAUUACAGAGUUGGCAUACGGGAGUAGGAGGGAACUCAUCUGUUAUCACCCCCGCAACAGAUGUUGCCCUUCUAUUCCUGGUCCCACAGAAAAAAAUUGUAAUAAACAUGUUACAUCCAUAUAGCUAUGGUUUGUCAUAUAUUAGAACAAUGUCAUGUUAGAACCAUGAACUAAAGCUAUUGCAUUAUUCCACAUCUAUGGUUGUCAGUGUGGGAUUACUUACAACUGUGAGUUAGGAGCUAGAGGAUAUUUGUUAGCCACGAGUGAUGACUAAGCUGAGACCUGGUUUGAUGAAUUUCAUGUCUUCCUGAAGUAAUGUGUAGCUCUUGAUGUGAGUGAAAGAGAGACAGUUUGCUUUCCCAUAUUGCUGCAUGCAUUUGCGAUGGAAAUAACAACUGACUUUGUCUGCAAGUCACUGUUUGUAAAUGGACCGUCUCAGACGAAUUUGAUUAUAUGUGUGUGAAAUAACCUGUUUUCUAAGAAUUUGAUUAUAAGAGUAUGUGAUAACCAGUUUCUAAUAGCAUGUAUGUAAUCUAUAACAACGUCUUUGUUUGCAAGUCAGUGUUUGCAAAUAGCCUGUCUCAGAUGAGAGUCACUGUUUGUAAAUGAUCCGUGUCAGAAAAUUUUUGAUUAUACAGUCAAACUUCUUUACAACGAAACUCGGGGGACAGCAAGAAAAAUUCGCAGUAAAGGUAUUUUCGUUAAAAAGGAUGUCCAUUAUUGGACAUAUAGGGCUCCAGCAGGACCGCAAAAAAAUUGCUGUAGUGGUAUUUUCAUUAAAAAGGUGUUCGCUAUAAAGGAGUUUGACUGCAUGUGUAUGAAAUAACCAGUUUCUAAUAGCAUGUAUGUAAUCAUCAACAAUGUCUUUGUUUGCAAGUCACUGUUUGUAAAUAGCCUAUCUCAGAUGAGAUUUUUUUUUAUUACCAAUGAUUCAUUAUAUAGUGUGCAAAUUAAGUUGACAAAUAAAGCUCUUUUCAGGCAAACUGAAAUUUUAUUGAAUGCUCAUAGUACACUACAGCAUGACAUAUCCUCUGUUUUUCUUGGGAAAUUUUUUCGAACAAGUGUUUCUAUCAAUCUGUCAUUGUGUCUGAAGUUGGUUGGUGAAAACUUCUGAGUGCACUCUUGAAGAGAGAAACCACAGGCUAGAAGACUACCUACAUACAAGCAGUACAGUCCACAUGUAGCAGAUCCAUAUCCCUGAAGUCGUUUUGCAUUGUAGUGAAAGGAAGAUGUUGGGUGAAUAAACUGGUAAAUUUCUUUGCAAACUGGUCGUAUGCCGUAGCUGUCGAAAUAAGAAAUGCUGUUGUUCUUAGAGAUGUAACAUAAGGUCCAGUGUUCUCCAGGAGAGGAUCUAGGAGCUGUGUUUACAACAUACAGCCCUGGUUCAGCUUUUUGACUUGCAAUUUCAUUGCAUGCAAAUGUUCCACGAAACAGUGGCCUUGUGCAGUGAUUUCGAGCAAAGGCUGCAUAAAAUUCCCAUUCCUCCAUUUUUUUUCUAUACGAAUUUGACUCGUCUGUCUUUGUUGAUUUCUAGCACACGAGGUGUUUCUGAAACAAAGAGAACUGUAACAGCCUCUGUAAGAUUUCCACCAAAUGUUAGGGUGAGACGAACAUUGGCUUGUACCACUGGACUCAGCGACUGCACUUCCACAUCUGGAGUGAGAUGGUAGUAGAGCAUAAACGUUUCUUUCUCAUAUGCAGCCGGAGCUAGAGGUAUGUCUUUCCGCUUCAGCUUGUGAAGCAAAUUCAUAUAUCCUUUAGAGUAGAUCGAUCGUUGAAAGUCAAAGUCAUCUGUGUACUGUUGUCCACCAACAUCAAGCACAGCUCUCUUAAGCUUGAAAUUUUCAAGUUUAAAUGGAUUCCUUUGUCUGUUACCCUGGUAGGCUUCACUUCUAACCAUCAAUACUGUCAGCUUUGAGGGAACUCGUUCACUGUAAAGGUCAUCGAAAAUCACUUGAGAUUGAUUUGGAGCAAUUGUCCUGUACUUAAUCUCUAAUCCUCGAAGGAGGUAUGAUGCUGGAGUUGUCUGAAGUCUUCGUUCGAUGCCGACGAGUACACUUGGAGAAACCUGCACACGUCGCAGGUACAACACAAUUCGUGAAAACUCUAUAGUGUGUUUUUCAGUCUCGCUGGCAGGUGCAAGAAGUCGAAAAUCAUCUGUGUUCUGACGAAGGACAACUCUUAUGUCGACUCCAUUGAGAAGAAACUUUUCCUGUUGACAUAUAUCACUGAAGAUAGGGGAAUAAAGAUCGCAGAGUGUCGAACCUUUGGUCCGUUUGUAGCGUGCAAAAAUUCCUUUUGCCUCAACAGGAGCGGCAAAAUUUUCAGAUUCUCCCACUGGAUCUGGUUCGUAGAGCAUUGCAGAGAGGGUGUGAGUUUGAGUAACAUUAUUAGCAUUUGUUAUUAUGUCCAAGUAUGAACGAUAUGCAUAAUUUUCGAAGUUAGAAACCAGUGUCGAAUUAAGGUAGACGUGGACAUGAUGAAAGAGCGAGGAUGCAAAUGCUUGCACAGGUAUCACACUAUCUGGUGUCACUGUACUGCCAACUGUACUUGAUGCUGUAUCUCCAUUUUUCCGUACAAUUUUGCAUUGAAUGUGUAGAAAACUAGACUGCAAGUCAAAGAAUCCACCUCCGAGACCUGGAACAUUAUAUUCGAUUACACCACUUGCUGUAGGGGCAGAAACUGGAAAAAACUCCACAUAUUCUGACUUCUCCAAGGAAAAGUUUGUUGGAGGAAGAGAAAACAGUUCCAAUUGGUUUGUGGUGCAGAGGCAGGAAUUCUUAUGUACUAUUGCGAUGCUAGACAUUUUCUGUAGUAAAAAAAUCGACCUUUCUUCGCUUCUUCAGGGAUUUUACUGACCGACCCAC